CGCGGCGCGCGGCUCUCGCCUGCGCUGGACGGAGCUCGAGGCUGAGGGCGCGGGGAUCCGAGCGCGCCGGGGCCCCAGGGCCGCGGCGCCUCAACGAUGUUUUACUCAGGGCUCCUCACCGAGGGUGGCCGCAAGGAGACCGACAUGCGGGAGGCGGCGCCGCUGCGACAGCAGCGCCGGAUGAAGCAGGCGGUGCAGUUCAUCCACAAGGACUCGGCCGACCUGCUGCCGCUGGACGGCCUGAAGAAGCUGGGCUCGUCUAAGGACACGACUCAAGGAACAUGUCCGAUCUCAUAAGCAUGAAGGAGAAAAGCUUUCCCUACCCCGGCAUCUCAAAGUAGUGGGCCAGAUUGAGCACUUGGUGAUCACACUGGGCUCUCUCCGCCUCGACUGCCCAGCAGCUGUGGUUGAGGACAAUGAGAAAAACUUGUCCCUUGGUCUCCAAACUCUCCGGUCCCUGAAGUGUGUCAUAAACUUGGAUAAGCAUCGGCUGAUCAUGGGAAAGACAGACAAGGAAGAAAUCCCUUUUGUGGAGACCAUUUCUUUGAAUGAAGACAACACUUCAGAAGCAUAACUGCAGCCUGCAGUGUAUCUGCACAUGUGCACACAUACCAGGUUGACAGAUUGAGAAAUCUAGGUUUGAACCAAAUGCAGUAGCAAGCUUCUGUGGACCAAGUGAUUCUCUCUCAUAGAAGCCCCAGGGGCUCCUUCCCACCCAGACCUCUCUAGACUAUAGUCUGUGCUUAGAGAACUUGUCUGGUUAUAGCCAUUGUUUUUUACUCCUUGGAUCACUUAAUUUAUAGACCCUUUUUGACACUGCCAGGUCUUACUUGUGGCCUAUUUCUCUGCUUCUUUCAGGAGUUUGCUUUUAUUAGUCAAAUAUAGGAGUUACGUGGUUCUAUUUCUCCAUAGAUACACCUGGUUCUUUUCCUGUAGCUAAAUGUAUAAUAAACAGGAACUGACCUUUACCUCCUUUUAGCUGUUUCAAAGAGGUACCUGAUGUCUACGUCUUGGAAUUUAAAUGUCUUCUAAUUAAUUCAUUGAUUUCUCAAGUAUGAGUGGAUCUGAAAGAAAGAGCACAUAGAGAUGAUCUAUCCCAGCUCUUCCAUUUAAAGGCCCAUAGAAGCAAAUGAAUUGUCCAAGCUUAUAUAUUAAGUCAGUGGCAGAAGGACCUAGAACUCAGACCUGACUGCCAAGUUAAGGUUCCUAUGUUGCCUCAUUCAUCUUCAAGCCUUAACAGGAGGGCAAAGAGGCAAGAGUGUGAUAAAAGGCAGGGUAGGGGAAGAAUAUGCUUUGGAGGUAGAUACUAGGAGGAUAACAUCCUUCCUAAAUGGCCUUCCCUCCUGUGUGCCAAGUUCACUAAGAAUUCAUUGCCCCAAAUGUUUGGGCUCUUUUCUUCAUGCCUAAAACCUGAGGGUACACGAGGGGGCCGCCCCUGGGCAGCCUCUAUGGUGGUGGGAACGCCACCGGAGGCCAAAGGGGGCUCCCUCUGUGUGACAGGGAGCAGGGGGCCUUAGGCACAAGUGGGGGGUCCCAGAAUCUGGGGCUUCUCUUCUGACCUGUUUUUCUUAAUUUUGGGGGAGACAAUAGUCACCUAAUUUUGUUUUAACUUCAGUGGAAUUUAUAUACUCAUUCAUCAAAUAACUUGGCAUUUCAAAGAAAAAAAAAAAAAACCUGAGGGUACAAAGAGGAAUAAGAGGAUCUGUCCUUAGAGGAGAGGACCCACAGAGAUCCACAAAGAAGGAACUGAAAAAUUCAGUAAUAAUCUGAGCAUUCUUGUGAUUGCCCCCAAGAUCCAGACAGUACCUCUGCCUCGCCUUUUAUUUGUCUGCCAAGGAUGCAUCUAGCUGGGAACAGUGGUAGUAAAGGAGAUGAAAAAACUCAGAUUAGGGCCAGACUAGGAGUGCUAAAUAGAAUGAAUGGGCUGGGGGGCCCAGCUGGGAAAGCCUUUCUGGGAUGGAGAUGGGGAGUGAGACUUCUAGGCAGGGAACUGGGAGGUUGGAAAACUCUGAGCUCUGCCCAAAUCCAAGGAAGCAGGGCAGGGUUAGCAGUGUUAAGGAUGACCUUUUAUAACUGCCCAGUAUUUCCUGGCCCUUCUCAAAGAGUUGGGGAAACACAAGGAUUUUUUGAAACAUUUUUUGCUAGGGGAUCAGUUUAGGCACACAGCACCUGUAAUAGAAUCUCUGCUUCAGUUCAGAAGUGCUUGCAUAAAUCAGAAAGGCAGCCAGCUAUGAAUAUGCUGGUAAGAGAUUCCUGAGUUCACCCUUAGCUUAUAGCAGUUCUCAGAGUGUUUAAUGGAUCCUACUUUGAAUUUUGUCAAGUACCACCAACUAUCUUGUUUGACAUUCAGCUACUGUGCCUACCAAACAACUCUUUGGAACUCUGAAUGUUUUUGGCCUCAAAGGAGCUUCCUAAGGACUUAGGAUUUGAUGAGCCUCUUGUAAACAACUAGGCAGCCAUACUGCAUUCAGUUGUCACUAGGUCGGUCAUUCCCUUGGCUCCCUUUCCAUCAUCCUCUACAAAGGAAGCUGGAUGGAAACCCAAGCACAGCCACAGUAGGGAGGCCACAUCUGAAGCUCAUCAAGGGUGAUCCUAAGGUUACUAGCCUUUUGCACCCCUCCAGCUACAACCUAUUCUCUUACCUAGGGAGACUUGCACCUUUCUGCUGAGGCUGUUCCACACUCCUCCCCUACCUGUAACACUAACACUUUGGCCUGCUUCGUAGCCUAGUGCUGAGCUGAAAGACUUCAUCCCUUAAUUCCCUACCUGAAAGUACCACUCUGAGCCUUGACUCUUGGCCACAAGUGAGGCAUACUGCAGGCUUCUCCUGGUUUUUCCUUAUUUGGAUUCCCUAUGAACCAAGUGAGGCCAAAAACUUUCAGGUUCUAAAAUGAUGCAACUGACUUUGGCCAUUUGAACUCGAGAGAAUAUGACCUCAGAGGGAUGCGCAAAUGGCCUUUUAGUGAUCCUUCUAGCUUCUGAAAAUUAGUCAGUGAUUUUCCAGCUUGGGAAUAGGAACAGUUUAGGUAAAUUGAGUUUAGGACAUCAUAAUCUCACUCAGUGCAAUUAAAUCAUUUGAAUUCUCUAACAAAAUAAUUGUAUUUUAAACUCCAGGCUUCAUAGAGGCACCUAAAAAUUCUAAAGACACCAAAAUAUUUAUGGUUUUCUGUAGACUUUGUAAUUCCACAUCUUCUCUGUCUUCCACGAAAUAUACUUUUUGACUGUUAAAAAAGUAUAAAAAUAAUUUUGAGAAGUCUUACACUUUCAUUAACCUUCUUUAAAUGCUGCCUAAUUAAGUUUUCUGAUAGCCUGUAUCUCCUUGAUGUUCAUGAAGAAUAGCAGGUCUACUUUUGGGGGGCUGGCAAGGAAGAAGGUGAGGUGAGGUCUUCCCAGAGUCCUAGAAAAUUCUGGUGCCUCUAACUGAGGACAUGGGAGAAAGAGUCUCCAUCUGGGUCACAGUUCUGAAUGUGGGCAGUAGCAGAAGUACCAGACCUAUCUCACUGUAUAUUAGGUGACCAUCUCAAGUACAGGAAGUUUACAAAAUAUUAUUUUUAUUGUUUGGCAUUUCUAUGUCUGACUCGUUUGGGGAACGAAUGUUUUCUGACUUUUCUAUUUCCUUGCCCUGCACAGACCCUACCUGGUAUGAUUUUCUAUUCCUUAGUGUCUGUAGAAUGGAUUGCCUGGUGUGUCAGCUGCCCUCACUCUUGUGUAAUAGAAAUAUCUUUCCAGGCUGGGGACGUGGAGGAGAUGAACUGGAUUCCUCCUCCUGUUGCCAGACCGUUCUGCAUUGGCACUUUAUUCGCUCAGUGUUUCUGGCUGUCUUAGGUAUAUUUGAGAGACCAAUGUAACAAUAAAAUGAAAUCUGCCUCUCUC